GGCACCUGAGCUCCGCGGCGCGAAGGCGACGGAGCCAAGCGCGGCCGCCGCCGCGGCGCUGCGGAGCGAGGCGCGGGCUGAGAGGAAGGCGGGGGCGGAGGAGGAGGGUCGGCAAACUGGUGGCACUUUGUAGACUGAGAGCGGCACUUGCUGCUGGCGGCGGCAGCCCGCCCCUCGCCGCAUGGCAGCCCAGUGAGGGAGGAGUGGGCGCGGGGCUGGCGCUGCCCGGAAGACGAGGCAGCCAGCGCCGGCGGCAGCAGCGCCUGCCGCCGCCUUCUCGCCCGGCCGGCCGGGAUGCGCCCUGCUCGCCGCUGAAGCCCCGCCGCGCCGCGAUGCUCUCCCCCGAGCGCCACCGCCACCACCCGCACCAGCACCACCACCCGCCCGCGCCGCCGCAGCCGCCGCUGCCGCACCACCCGCCGCAGCCCAACCAUGUCGUGGCCACCAUCGAGAACCUGCCGGCGGAGGGCGGCAGCGGCAGCGGCCGGAGCGGCAUCUCCGCGUCCUCCUUCAGCGUGCGCCAGCGGAUCAGGAAAGUGCUGAACAGCUGCUGUAGUCUAAGAAGAAAUGAGACACGUGAGACACAGUACGAAACAAGUGGCUACUCACACUAUGAAAUUCAAGGCCAAGCAUGGUUUAAAUACAGAAGUAGGGAUCUCUUGCUGUCUGUGGCUCUUGGCCAGGUACUCUCCCUCCUUAUCUGUGGCAUUGGCCUGACGAGCAAGUAUUUGUCAGAAGAUUUCCAUGCCAACACACCUGUUUUUCAGAGCUUCCUCAAUUAUAUCCUCCUAUUCUUGGUCUACACAACAACGCUAGCUGUCAGACAAGGAGAAGAAAACUUGCUGGCAAUUUUGAAAAGGAGAUGGUGGAAGUACAUGAUCCUGGGGAUAAUAGAUAUAGAAGCCAAUUACCUGGUAGUCAAAGCUUAUCAAUACACCACUCUUACUAGUGUACAGCUCCUAGAUUGUUUUGUCAUCCCAGUGGUGAUAUUGCUAUCCUGGUUCUUCUUGCUGGUACGAUACAAGGCAGUGCAUUUUAUUGGGAUUGUGGUCUGCAUUCUGGGCAUGGGCUGCAUGGCAGGAGCAGAUGUCCUUGUUGGGAGACAACAAGGAGCAGGUGAAAAUAAACUGAUAGGGGAUCUCUUAGUGCUGGGUGGAGCAACACUAUAUGGCAUCUCGAAUGUUUGUGAGGAGUAUAUCGUCCGAAAUCUGAGUCGAGUGGAAUUCUUGGGCAUGAUCGGACUCUUUGGCUCCUUCUUCAGUGGAAUUCAGCUUGCAAUCAUGGAACACAAAGAGCUGUUGAAAGUUCCCUGGGAUUGGCAAAUAGGCUUGUUGUAUGUUGGCUUUAGUGCCUGUAUGUUUGGGCUCUACAGCUUCAUGCCAGUGGUCAUAAAGAAAACCAGUGCUACUGCUGUCAACCUCUCCCUACUCACAGCUGAUCUGUACAGCCUUUUCUGUGGAUUAUUCCUCUUCCACUACAAGUUUUCAGGACUUUACUUGUUGUCAUUCUUCACUAUCCUUGUUGGGCUGGUGCUCUACUCCUCCACGUCCACCUACGUAGCCCAGGAUCCUCGGGUGUACAAGCAGUUUCGAAAUCCUUCAGGACCUGUUGUAGACCUGCCAGCCACCGGCCAGCUGGAGCCUUCAGUAACAUACACCAGCCUAGGGCAGGAGACAGAAGAGGAGCCUCACGUUAGAGUUGCUUAAACCCCAGGCUGUCGGUCACUUACUGAUGAUUCAGUGGAGCUCGUAUAUCCAUUAUCUCUGUAUUGUACAUAGAGAAAGGUAUUUACCAGGUGCAGUUACACCAGUGAGCUGCAAGGUAGCAAAUACGGAAAGCUCAUAAUUAAUUGUUCCAGGGUGUUCAUUGCAAGGAGAUGCCAGUCCCUCAUUUAAGGUAUUAGCAGCAUGUUUGCAGCACAAGCUGCUGUAUACGAAUCACUAAAUGCCAGACUACCUGCAAAAGAUAUUCAAAACGUAAGCUGAAGUUGCAAGAAGAAAAAUUCAUAAAAGGGUGUUUUUGCACCUACUGAGCGAUAGUAUGCCUAAACCACACAAGUUGUGGAAAAGCCACCUGUUUAGAGCAAAUACACCUGUGCAGUCACUGUUAAUUUCUCUGUAAGAUUUGUUUGGUUUGCACAAAAUAAAUGGGUCACUCAUGGUAAAAACACCCUGACGCAUUUUCGCUAGCACCUUGGAUUUGAUGAGGAAAAGAUAAUGAAUUCAUCUGUGUUAUCUAUCUAGUUGCCCCUUCUAGGUAAUCUGUUCCAUGAAUCCAGAGGAGGGACAACUUAAAAUAUCUGUCUCUAUUCUAGGAAUAGGUAUAAGGCGAGCAUUUUAGCCUUUCUAUAUUUGCAGAAGUGAAGUACUCCAGCAUUGACCUUUCUAUGUUCCAUGGCAGAUAUCCUAGUGGCUGAGGUUCUGCAUCAGGUGACAGGGAGUUAAUUUCUCUGUAGUCAUGACUAACACAGAUUUCUUACUUUUUAAAUUUUAACCUGUAAAAGAAUGCAUUUUCUAGUUUGCUAUGUAUUGUACCUCUCCAUGGUAAGAUGACGUAGCAUGUGGAUCAGGGCACUUAUUUUAGAUACUCAGUGCAUCAAGGGCGCCUUCUGCUGUUCCAGUUUGCUUAGUCUCAUGUGGUUCAUUAUUCUAACAACAGCCAUUUAAAAACAUGCCAGUUUUUCACCAAAACCCACAAAUUGUAAAAAAUCAGGAAGAUUAUGUGAGUAAUUCAUGAAUAGAAAGACUGGACCAUCUGCUGGUACUGCUGCAGUAGCACAAAGACAAUCAUACUGGUGUGUAGCCAAUUAUUUUUUGUUAAUUACAAAACUAGCAGAAGAAUUCAGCAGUUUUCUUAUAUUCCUGAGGACAUGUGAAAAUAGUAAGGGUGUGCUCUACAACUGUACUUCUGCUCCAGUAGCCUUAUCAGAAAUGGGGGAAAUCUUAGUUACAGCCAUGAAAAUCCAUACCUGCCUGAAUGUUUUGCUGUUCCGAGAGCACAAUAAAAGGAAAAGAAAUCAUUAUUUCAACAGCCCUCAUCUAUUUUUGACUUAAAAUUGCAGAAAGGAAGAUAGUCUUAUGUCUAACAGGUAGGAUAGGGAUUCAGGAGAGCUUGUCACACCUCUGUGGGAUCUUGGGCACACCUUCUGUGUGGCUUAGCUUCCCAACUUGGGUAUAUGGGGAUAGUGUUAUUUUACCUACCUCACAGGGGUGCCAAGGGACCAAGGUAUUUUAGAACACUUUAAGAUCUUCAGAAAAAAAGGAGUUUAAGUACAAAAUAGUGCUAUAAAAGUGUGUAUACAUUCAUUGUGUUUGAAAAUGGGGUUUACAGCAGGGUUGAUGAAUUUUCUGCUUGUGAGUAUAUAAGAUGAAUUUGAUUUAAAAGGCAUUCUGCUAAAGAAGUCUGACUCAAGUGAAAAUGUAGGGCUUCCUGUUUGAAAAAUACAACUUACCUAUUUCUAUUUUAAAAAGAAAAAAAAAUGCAUACUCUGGAGAUUAGAAAGGCCACACAGUUCAACCAAGCAGGAUGAAUUUCUGCUGAGGUAACAUUCAUCUUUUACAGUCCUGUUCUGUUUUACAUAAAAAGGAGAAAAAGCAGAUUGGGAGAUGUUUUUAUACAAAUAUAAAUGAGGUGAUGAAUGCCAAAAUGCUGUUGAACAGCAGAAUAUCUGUUGUAUCUUUUAUUCUUGCUGUGGAUGAGGAAAAGAAGCAAUUUCUGUCCCAUUGUGUUCAGGCUGUCUGCCAUGAUCCCAUUGCAGCUGAGGGAAGGGUCUGCAGUGUUGUCAAACCAUGCCCAGAACUUUUGCAAAAUCUUCAGUUAGGAUUGCUUGCUUUGAAAAAUAACAAAUUUAGGGGGUUUUUUUCUGCCUUCUGAUUUUUUAAUCUUCUUUAAGAUUCAUGUUUCCAAGCUUUUUUUCUGCACCCACUGAGGGUUUAAAAAAUGAUUCCCACAGAGAAGCAGAUUUCAUUUUCUGGAAAACCUAAGCACUAAAGGAUACACAGUUAAAAAGAGAAAAAGACAAUACAAGAAAGAGCCACCCUGGGAUUACUGACACUCCCACUGUCAGGGAGAAUCACUUGACUCCCAUUUGACACGCCAGGGUAAGGCUUGAGGGGUGGAAGCCCAGGUGGGAGGUGCAUGUUUGGGUGAAGCCCUCAUGCAUUGAGUGCCAGCAAACGUCCUCAGGUCAAGCUCUGUGAUAGCUUCAACUUGAAGCUGGUACCUUCCCAAGAAGCACGGGCUCUGGUUACAAAUAUCAUGGGUCUCUCAGGUAGCUGGAGGCACAUUGGUGGGCAUCUGUCAUUGCAGUCUUUUUGCUACCUUUUAUACCAAUUAAAUACCUUUCUCUGAACAUUAGUCCCCAUGUUGGUCUUGAGAGCUUUGAGGAUUGCGUGAGUGUGUUUGUUUCAUGUUUACAAUUCCUUCAUUUUGCAUAAUUGUUUUGGUUUACUUCAUUAUUAGUAUUUAUUUUUAAGCCAAAUGUUUGUAAUCCUUUCCCCUCCUCCCCUUCAUUUUUCUGACACUAAUUUGUAGAUGUUUGUUAGAGUCUUACAAGAAACAACUAGCAGAAGACAUGUCCAGGUCAGUUCACUGGUCUGGGAGUUUUUACAUGCAACGGUUUGCAGUCCACAGAUGGCUGAGAGGUGCCAUCUAAAGCAAUUUUUAUAGGCUAUUUUAAAAGGCUCCACUGUAUGGAAAUAAAUUGUGAAUGGUCCAGUUUGCACUCUACACCCAACAACCAGCCCAUGCAUUCUUGCACAUGAACAGUUUCAUGUCCCUGGGAGAUCUUUCUGUGGGGUUGCUUUACCUGUUAUGUCUCUCAUUAAAAAAGAACGUUGAUAGUUCAAUUAGCCCCAGUGUGCUAGUACUGGAUGAACCUCAAAGGAAAAUAGUAGUAUAGCUUUACAAGUAACUGUUGACUGAAAAAGUGAGGUCUAGUGAAGAAAAAUAUUAUUUCUACCUGUUUUGUUUUCUGCAGUUCAAGACCUCAGUACACACCAGCAAAGGUACAGCUAUCUAACUGGCAGCUACUCUACUUGUUGCGUUAGGACGUCACUAGUUCUACCUAGAUCUUUGCCUGAACAAACUGAAACUCUAUUACAUUGCUGGCACUGAGCAGCCUUUAGCAAGACUGAUGUAAUUUUCUGCUACUGGAUGAAAACCUUCACUGGGAGACAGACCUUGUCUUUGUUCCAACUAUAAACUUUCAAAACAUGUAACAACAGACCAAGCAAUUGAAAAUUUUGCACCACUGUGUCAUAUGGAAAAGUUUCAAUGUAUAGUUUAGAGAUUGCUAACUUGUGCUAUUAACAUUUUGACAAGCGUAUAGUAUUGUUUUCUUUCCUUUUUUAAAACCAUUUAGUAUUCCUGAGCUAGCUACAAAUAUGAAUUUUACCCCAUGGGUAGGAUUUUAUUGUUAAAUGCCAUAAUAAAGCACACUAAUCUUGACACCGCAAAGGGAAAUAUGAACCAAAACCAAAACCAAACAAACAAAAUCCCAGCCCCAAAUCCUGCAUCAAAAAGCUGACAAACCUUUCUCCAUUUUGAUAUUUGCAUGCUCCUAUAUGGACUGGCUGUGGCAAUGUAAUGCCUGUAUAAUGUUUUCAAAUAAAAAGAAAUAAAUGCUUUAUGAAAGCAGG